GUGUAGACGAUUUUUAACAUAAAUUAAAUGAAACAUCCUAAGCAAAUUGUCAUAUUGAUUCCUUUCAUUAUGUCAGCCUUUUUGUUCUCAUAACAAGUAACGAGUAUCUCUAAAAAAAACAAAAAGUCACGAGUAAAUUCAAACCUAGAAAUCAACUGUAUCAUUAUUUACAUACAAAUUUGCACACUUCAUUAGUUUUUAUAAUAAUGUAUGGAUUUGACGUAAAUUUAUCGUUUUCUUAACCAAGAAUAGGGAUGGCCGUAGAUCUCCGACCUAGAAUGAAAGAGCCAUGGCUGGACUACUACUCCGUCGGCAACAUAUUUUGGGCGAACCCUACGGUGUACAAGUACGACAGUAAACAACGGUCGGAUGAAGUAAAGACAUUGCAGCAGCUGGUGGGUGAAUUGAGGAGUUCGGUUUCAAAGGUAGACGAGAAGUUGAUGCAGAAGUUAGAAGGCGGGGAUGGAAGGGAGGAGUUCUUCAUGAAUCAGCAGUCGUGGCUUAUGGCAUUGAUGCCGACGGGCGUAGCUGAAAGUGAGAGCAGGGUGAUGAUGUUUGGGAUGUCGAGCUUGGUCGGGAUAAGAUUUUAUGAUGUAGAUUUUGGAUGGGGAAACCAGCCUGGGUCAGCAUGACUGGAUUUGCAAAUCAGAUGUUCAACGUGGUUUUUCUGAUGGAUUCGCCGAUCGGACAUGGAAUCGAAGCUUGGGUUACCAUGCACGCACAGGAAAUGACCAUCAUGGAUCAUGAUCCUGAAUUCCUUGCUUAUGCCAAUAAUAAUCCAAGUGUAUUAUGGGCGUGUCUAGCCCGACUUUGAAACGAUCGUGUAUGUGUGCUUCUCACGAGCACCAAAUAGAAGGUUACACAAAUUUGAAUGUUUUGGUAAGCCGUCGAUGUGAGCAUUAUGUGUUGUUCUAUUUUCUUCGACUACAAUUGCUUUCAUUUGGUGCUAUAGUGCUCUCAAUCUUUAUCAUGUAAUAGUCUAUUGUACUACACUCGUGAUUCCUACUUAUUUGAUGAUAUAUGCGUAAUAAUAACAUGUAAACUUG